UGGCGCUCAAUCAGCAAGUUGUUCGCAGUGGGCUUCUUGCUUCGAAUAUUUGCCGCAUGCCUGGGUCAUUCUGGUCAAGGGAAAGCACCAAUGUAUGGAGACUUUGAAGCUCAGAGACACUGGAUGGAAAUCACCAUUCGAUUACCGGCAUCUCAUUGGUAUUUCCAUGAUCGCGAAUGGUGGCGGCUCGACUAUCCGCCGUUGAGCGCAUAUCAUAGUUGGAUUUUGGGGACAAUGGGGACUAUGGUCAAUGCGAGCUGGUUUGAGCUGUACACC